CGCCCUUCCCUCACACACGCUGACUUUGCUGAGUGAGAGAGACAGCGGCUACUCACUUACACACAGUCAUCAUGUCUACCACUGGAGAGAAGGCCAAGCCUGCUUCCCAGCCUGAUGGCAAGGCUGCUCAGAGCACCAAGUCAGACUUCGGCAUGGGUUCCUACAAGAUGUGUGUGUUUGACCAGGAGAACUUCCAGGGCCGCAUGAUUGAGAUCUCUAAUGAGUGUAUGAACGUGUGUGAGAUGGGCAUGGACAAAGUGCGCUCACUGCGCGUGGACUGUGGCCCUUUUGUUGGGUUUGAGCAGAUGAAUUUCUGUGGUGAGAUGUACAUCCUGGAGAAGGGCGAGUACCCCCGCUGGGAUUGCUGGAGCAACUGCCAGAGGAACGACUACCUGCUCUCCUUCAGGCCUGUCCGCAUGGACCCAGAGAAGCAUAAGAUCUGUCUGUACGAGGUUGGCGAGUAUAAGGGCCGAAAGAUGGAGAUCAUCGAUGACGACGUGCCCAGCCUGUUCGCCUACGGCUUCACUGACCGAGUUGGCAGCAUCAUGGUCAGCUGUGGCACCUGGGUGGGCUACCAGUACCCCGGCUACAGAGGCAGCCAGUACCUGCUGGAGAAGGGCGACUACAGACACUUUAAUGAGUACGGCGCCCGCUGCCCACAGAUGCAGUCCGUGAGGCGCAUCCGCGACAUGCAGUGGCACCAGGAAGGCUGCUACACCAUGGCCAGCAAGUGAGGGCUUGGGAGGACGAGAAAGAGAGGGAGUGGGGGGGAAAGAAAGAGAGGGGGAGGAGCCGAAGGAGGAGGGGGAGGAGUGAGGGCCAAGAAGGAGAGGAGGAAUGCGCCACCUGUGUGAUCCGCCCCAGGGAAAGAGAGGGAGGGAAAGAGGGGUAGACAGAGGGAUGGAUAUCGUCAGGGCAGCGUAAGGAAAGACGUGUAACCGGGAGCGUUUUGGAUCGCCCGCCUCUGUGGGAGGAGAAGAAGCGUAAUGGUAGAAGAUUGUGGUUGUUGAAUGUAGAUAGCUUUGCAUGUUUAAAACGUGGGCUGGCACUCUCUUUUUCUCUCCAGUUCUCUUUCUCUUUCUCUUUUUUUUCUCACCCACCUCUCCUCUUCCCCCCUCCUGUUCUCUCUCCCCUCUUCCUCCUCUUCCUCAUCCUCCAAUCAAGGAAAAACGACGACAACAACAAAACAAAAAUAAACAAAUCUAAUGGUGAUUACAAACCAUCUUGCAGUGUGUUCCCUGACUAAGGGAGAAGUCAAGGGAUAUGACUGACAUGGAUGGGUUUGGGCGGGGCAACCAGUGACAGGGUUUUGGCCUAAAGACUGUAUGUAUAAGCCCUGGAACAUCACAGAACUGUAAUAAUAAAAACACCUGUGCAACA